ACAAUUUUACACAGUAGUCGAACUUCUCGGUCAACAAGUUCUGUCAGCAUUCCUCUCCGAACAAAUCGACCAGAGGGGGCACGUUUGCCGGUCGUGUGGCGUUCACACCGUCCAAGGCUGACAUUAAUAGCUCUACAGACGACGCCUGGAUCAUUGUCAAGAUCACGAGAUCCCGAUUCUGGAUUUCUAAUUGCCGGAUUGAUCAAGGAGUUGAUCCAGCUACAUUCUUGAAGAUCGUUCAUGAGGAUAUUUCAACAUCUAGUGACCACCAUGCUGGGGCAACCUACGGUUAGAAAGUGAACGUGGGAACAACAGGUUUUCGUCUCAGGGCUUUUGUUGUUCAGGAUUGCAUGGAGAAAACUUAACAAUAGAAGACUCUGGGGACCUUAAUCCUUAAGGUGGAAGAGAUUCCGUGAUAGUCUUCAAGGUCAACAAUCAGGCAACAAACUCUCCCAUUUUCAGCCUUUUUUAAUACUCAUGGAAGAAUCUGACUCAUCAGAAUUGAUCGUGUGCGUACUUUUCUGAGGGGAAAAAGAUAUUUGACAGACUCUGAAACGUUAGAGAAAGAAGAGGUGUGAUUUUUACACGGAGAAAGUUUCGGAGACUGUAAUUAUGUAUGUGGGUCACGUAUUGUUCGCCAUUGUCGCCGGCAGUACCUCAAAUUAUUUACGACACAACUAACAGAAUGUCGGCAGCAAAAAUAUGUUGUACGUGACGAUCUUUGUUACAACUGAGACGAAAAAUUAAAGUCUACGAGACGCGAUUUAUAGACUCUUAUGGUACUCGUACGGAAAUCUUAGAGACAUUGUCACGCUGGUUUCUUCGCGAGCAAGACGUCGAGUCUGAUCGUGGUCCUGUCGCCCAUUGCAACUGUCAAUCAUUCCUAGAACCCUCUGCUGUUUUUGCUUUCACCUACAAUAUUCCUUGUAAGAAAAGCUACGUAGAAAAAGACGUAUCGAAGCGCAGAAUUUUGCACCUGUUCUGUGUAUUUGUUCAGUAAACAGACUUGGGUCGUUCCGGAUGUCACGUUUUCCUAUAGCACAUCCUCAACUGUAAGGGCAAAUUCUCGUCUGAUCCACCUAUCAAUCUUCUUCGCGUUGCCAGGACAACACAAAUAGUUUCAUUGUCAAGAACCAUCGAUGAGAGACGCUUCUGUGAAUGUUUUCGGGCUAAAUUUGUUUGUAUUUCGGGCUACGGUGAACUGCGCUAACACAUGAAGCAAUGUCGGCGACAUAAGCCUACUGAUUCCGCUGGUGUUGUGGCGCCUUCAUUAUAUAUGGUUCGUUAGCCCCGCGAUUUGAACUCUUGUUAGUGUACAGAUCACUAGUUUUCAGCGUACAGACAACUCUUCUUCUUGGGUAGAACAAGUGACGGUGAAUAUUUUCAUAAAGGAGACGUUCUGAAGCACUCUCGUCUUAGGAUUUUUUCUUUGUGCCUGAAGGCAAGACUGAGGAAAACAGAGGUGAUACUCGAGAGCAGAUGAUAAUUUUUACGAAAGCUAAGUCAAAGACGUUAUCGCACUUGAUUUCAAGGAACUACACAUGCGUGUCAGUGUGUGCUGUUCGUCUGCUAGUGUGUUAGUACACAGUCACAGUGGAUCGGUUUAAUUUCUUGAGGCAAGGCGGAAGACAUAGUAGCAGGCAAUACUUACAAGAAAGGAAGAAUCUACCACAAUUGAUCUGAGAAAACUUCAUGUCAGGACAUCUACGUGCGUGUUAGGAUACAAUCACAGAGGGGAAUAUGGAAGAUUUUCUUCUUUUCGUUGGCAAGCGGCUGGGCACUAAACCUGCCAAACAGUCCGAGACAGACGGUAAAACCAAGGUUACGACCAAGAAAGGGGCAAAUCCUAAGAUUGAAGCUAAGACUGCGGAUGUACAGAACAGGAGACUGAGGAAAGUCCGGACGCCUCCUGGGAGUGUGUCCAGCGGAGGGACCGAAUCUCUGAGCAGUUUGAGUAGCGGCUGGGAGGAGAUACGAGACGGAUGCCCGAGGGGUAUCACAUUUAUCGGGAGAGACCAGCGACAUGAUAUCGGGAGGGAGGGCGAGGUCCCCCGAAGGCAACCAGAGACCACUCCGGUGGAUAGACACAAAUUUUUUGACCCUCAAAACGAGGAGGAUAACUUAAGCUGGGAAGGUACCUCGGAGCGAGGGUACUCGGAGGCUACCGAGAGCACAGCGGGCGACGACUUGUCUGCCUUCGGCUGGGAGCCCUACCCGGACCGACGGCAGUCAGAACCCGCUCCGGUGCGGCGCCCCUCCCCCUUCGGUCGGGCUGGUUCGUUACGGCUGAGCAGGCAGCAGGGUAACGACCUCACGCAGCACACCGCCUUCGGCGUUAGAACCGGCGAGAACUACUCGGACGACAUUUCUCACCCUGCCUACCCUGAGAACAACCUCGCAGUAAACAUGGCGGAUUGCGAGAACAUCCCUCCUGCAGCAGCAAGCUCCAACGGCAGAUCGUAUGGUAGAGACCCCGACUCACCCGCGUUACAUGAGGAGACGUUCUCGGGGAAACUUGCAGGUGGCACCGACGGGGUUGAGGAGGGAGGGACGGAGAGGAAUCCGCUUAUAAAUAUGCCUCCUACUCAGAGGCUCGGCACGGACCCAGCUCUCUUCAAGUCCAUGGAUCGGACGAUUCGACCGCGAGAUCGGGUUGCCGAGUUGAAGCUGCUACAGAUCAACAAGCUGAAGGAGAGACGGCUGGCGAACUCUCAGCUCCGUACGAGGUACACAGCCUCACAGGCCAGGUCACAGUUUAAUGGCUACCUGCGGAACUUCAAUACGCCUGAUGAGGGCUUGCGUAAUCUCAGCACACCUGAGAGUCUGCGCACCUUCGACACACCUGUGAGCGAGGAGACUUCCGUAAACAUGGCCCGAGCUGAGACAGAGGGCCUGGAUCCCACGGAAGAUCCAGGAACGGGAUUUCAGGUAGAUCCGAGACACAGGCUGGAUCAGUACCUUCACGAUCUGAACAUGGCUGCUGAGAAGAAAAAUAUUAUUGGUCUGACACAGAGAAUGUCUUUGAGACCUAGACAGCCUCGCAUAGCGCCUGAGACGUCUGCCAAGAUGUCUUGGAGAGAGAAGAGACAACAGAGGCUCCUUGGCGGGUACGUGCAGCCUGCCAAGGAGCAGCUUAAGAGAGGGUACCUGAGAACAUUUGAAGACAUUUUACAAGAUGGCGACGAAGGAUCCCUAUUGAAUGAAAAUGGCGGCCAUCCAAUUGCCAUGAAUCAGAACGGCGACACCUAUCUAUCAGGAACUCAAGAUUUCGAAAAUCAAAGUCUUAUGAAUACGAAACCUCCUCCUACGUACGAAGAUGUUCUUCAAGGAGACCUCUCUUACGAACAUAACGCCUUAGACGAGCCAAGACACGCGGAACUCCUUGCAGGUCAAAACGGUGAAGCCAAACAUUUUCAUAGCAAAGACGCCGAAGGGACAUUUGAAGUAGUCCCGGAGGGAAUGGAAGAGCCGUUGCCAGCUGGUCCGGAAGGCACCGCUUCUUCUAUCAGAGACGCUCGGGACGAGAGGCGACUGUACACCGCCAAGACUCGGCCUCGCAUCCCGGACCUGCAGGACCGGAUCAGGAGGUACAGGGACGAACGGCAGGGGAGAUGUGGAGAUAGUGGACACUCUACCAUGAAGGACCCGGAGGAGUCGGAUAACGAGUUCACACAGAGCACGGCAAUUUCCGGACUGGGCAAAAACUCCGGAACGGAAUCAGAAAUAGACGACUCAAAAACAGAGGCUCCCGACUCACAGGACGAAGCGAUGUACUCGGAAGGCGAGGACGACUCCCGGUUGGAACUCAGACAGAAAGGUCGUAAUGGUGUCACAACGGUACAAAGACAACACAGCACACGGGUACUACCCCAGGCCCCCAGAAAGAUCCAGUCAGCAGGCAACGUCGCCCAUGUCGCGCCAAGCAGACAAGUCCCGCCUGUAUCUACGUCAACUCAGGUCCUAACCGGAACCACCGCACCGGCUGACCAGAAGAUGUUUAAGGUCGUUUUGGCGGGAGACGCGGCGGUCGGGAAGUCGUCCUUCAUCCUCCGGCUCUGUAAGAACGAGUUCAGACCCAACAUGAACUCUACACUAGGUGUGGAUUUCCAGAUGAAGACGAUGGUGAUUGACGACACGCCCGUGACCUUGCAGAUCUGGGACACGGCCGGACAGGAAAGAUUCCGGAGUAUCGCGAAGUCGUAUUUCCGGAGAGCGGACGGCGUGCUGCUGCUGUACGACUGCACGUACGAACCGUCCUUCAUGAACGUGCGGGAGUGGGUGGACGCCGUCGAGGAUGGUGCGCCGAGAACCCUUCCCAUCAUGCUGUGCGCCAACAAGCUGGACCUGCGCAAUGACGCGAUCAAGAGUGGUCAAAAGGUCAUCCUCAAAGGUCACGGAGAAGAGAUGGCCAGAGAGCACGGUGCCCUGUUCUGUGAGACAAGCGCCAAGCAAGGCGACAACGUACAAGACGCCGUGGAGAAACUCAUGAGACAAAUGAUGCAGAUGGAUUUGGAUGAGACGAGAUCCAACAUCCUGGACCUGAACAAGAAGGAGGAGAAGAAAUCCAAGUGCUGCGGAGGGUCAUAGCUACGGUAGCCCACAAUUACACUGCUGUAGAGAACUGCAACUAUGGUGGACUAAAGCGACAACUCUGCGGAAGGUCAUAGUUACCGUAGUCCACAAUAGCAUAGUCUGGAGAGGACUAUAACAACGGUAGAGCACAGUAAAGGGCAAAGCUGCGAUGAUCGUAACUACAGUGGCCCACAGGUUGCUGAGGAUUAUAGCUUCAACCAACUUUGCCCACAACAACCUAGUCCAAAGAGGACUGUAACUACGGUAGACCACAAUGGCAAUGCUGCAAUGACCAUACACAUGUUCGAGUACGGUGGACCAUAGCGACAAUUCUGCGGAUGAUCAUGAUACUGUAACAGUGGUUCUCACAAUUUUGGGCUUGCAUAGUUCAGUAGAACACUACAGUAUAGAUCGCUGUAUACUUAGUACCUUGGUCCUCAAGUGGAAUGUGUGAUCUCUCAGAUCUGAAUCUUUCUAAAGUCUCAAAACGAUGUACGAUAGACGCAGAUAUGUUCUGGUAAAAAUGUAGUUAUUAGGGAAAAGAAGAUAUUGUACAUAGAAGAAGAGAGAGGAAACUAGUAUUUUUAUUGAAAAUAUUUACUAUAGAUAGAUAUCUAGCAGAUAUUUCUGGUUGGUAUUUUUAUACUAAUCAGUAAGGAUUAUAUUUAUUAGUAAAGACUGGUUUAAUGAAAAAUCUUAAUUUCCCACCUCGAACAUGUGAAAUUUGUAAAUAAAUAUUUCAAGCUUCAUCACAAAGCAUCAUGGGAGUGACCCUUGACCUUGUGGGUUUGAUUCGACCUUGAACGAGAACUUUCAAUGUUGAACACUCAAUUGAAAUCAUUAAAUGAUGUAUUGACGAUUCCAACGAAAGUAGUUUUUUUACAAUGAAUAUUUGCCGAAAAUUAUGCCUUCUAAAAUUGUUCAAGAGUUUAGUUAGAUAUGAGCUAUCUAAGACGACGACACCUUGUCGUGACUCGAGAUCGUACAACCAAAAGGUGUUAUAUAGAUUUGUAGGUAUAUCCUGACUAUGAACGCACACAAUCCCCCCCCCACGAUUCCCGUCAACCCAGUAAUGUAUCACGUGUUCUAUGCAGAUGUGUCGAUCAGAAUGACGUCACGGUGACGUCAUAAGACAGAAACAAGCUUAGCUUCUAAAUUUAUCCACCAGGUUGUAUGAUCGUGAUCUUACGUCUAGAUUGAUUUUAAAUUCCAAAAAUAGUUUAUACCUUGGCAUACUUCUACUUUUCACCGAUGAAAAUGUACCAAAAUGUGCUUUACCGACGACACAAUUUCUUGUCCCUCUCUAGCACACGGUUUAGGGUAUCUAGACGAAGGCAUCCAUACAAUACAAUUUGUAUGGCCUUACCUGCACUUGACUUUCACUAAAAUGUGUUCGCUCGACUUUGAAAUGUGACGUCACAGUGAAUUCGAAGAAACAAACGACUUUCCGAUUUUGUCGUUUAAGUCGGUAAAUUUGACUCAAAACCAGCUUUGCAACGCAAUUGCUACGAUGUAGAUUGUACAUAUUUGUAUCUAUUUUUGUGAAUAUUGUCGAAUUCUUAACGUAUUUUCUGUAACGAACAGGAAGUGAUGCGUUGAACGAACGUAUUGAAACGAAUAAAUGUAUCGAAAAGACCUA